AUGUUGAGCAUCGAGGGUGAUGCCCUGGAUUGGUAUAUGUGGAUGGAAGAUCGCUUUCCAUUCCGUGACCGGUAUGAUUUUAAAAUCCAACUUAGUGGUCGAUUUGGUUCAUCAGCAGCUAACAACACAUAUCAAAAACUUUUGAACCUGAAACAAGAGAGUUCCAUAUUAGAAUAUAGGGCAGAGUUUGAACGACUCUCAACCUAUCUUCUGAACAUACCAACAGAAAUACUGGAGCAUACAUAUUUGAAAGGACUCAAGCUUGAGAUCCAAUCAAAAUUAUCUAUGUCCAAGCCUAUUGGGUUACGUGAAAUUAUGGAUACUUCAGUACAGGCCGAAGCUCAUAUUCGUACUCUAUGGCAAGCAUGGAAGCAAGAACAACCACGACCACCCAAACAUGUCAUUGCUGCUUGUACUCCAGACCAACAAAGACUUCCUCUGAUAUCUAAUUUCAGAAAUGAGCAAUCUAAUUUGGAGAAAACCUAA